AAAACUCCUUCCCUGCGCGAGGGAAAUUCCUGGUUCAUUGGUAUGGAUGCAUUGUUUUUACACAUUAGAAGUGCUGUGUUGCUGUGUCAAUCAUCCCGUUAGGAUCAGUUUAAGAGCAGUAGGGCUGACGAAGCUGGGUGUGAUUGGCUACCAUAUGCUGGGAGGGCUCUGUGAGAAGGAAGGGCUGCAGUCUUUUAGCAACAGAGUUUAGGCUGUGUCUCUGCUUCAUCAUCUGAGGAAAAAUCCCCAGAUAAGGCACAAGGCUUUCUGAGGAAAAAAAAAAAAAUAUUACAGGCUGCUCAUCGUUCACGUGAGAAUUAGUUACCAUGAUGCGAUGGGAAAGAUAUGGCUGUUUGUUUAUAUCAGAUGUUCCUGUUGACGUUGGGAAUGUGUCGAAUAGACAGGGCUAAACAAGGUCAGUGACUUAAAAAGUGCCUUUGCCAAGUCACUUUUAUGAGCGAGGACUGCUACGCCUGUGUUCUCAAAAUCCUGUCUUUGCCAGCCAGACAUUGCCUUCACCUUACACGUGGUGGAAGAUACCUCAACUGUCUCCAUUUGCCAAUUAGUUGAUGGGAAACUGAAAGCAGAAAAAGAAGAAUUAUUAUUAUUCCUGGGACAUGAACAAAUGACUGCAUUGCUUUUCUCGUGCAAUCAAUACUGGCAAGCAACCGUCAGAGAACUGCUAUUCUAUCAAGGAGUGCCGUUGCAUUGAUGGACCUUGGCUUAAAACUGGUGCAUCCGUGAUUACAAUCAACAAACCCACGUGUUUUACGGACAGAAAUGCAACUGAGCAUGCAUUUGCCCAGCCAAAAGUCUACAAGUGGGACUUAAUGAUUGAUGAGUGACUGCUUGCUGAUAAACUUUCUCUGCUUAUUCUGCUUUGUGUGUGUUGGACAUCAUUAAUCGUUCCCUACUGUUUUGUUUUGCAUUUUUUAAACUUUCUUUUCAAUUGGAAUUGAAGUUUUUUUUUUCUGAUUUUUUUUUUCCCCUCUCUCCUUCAUUUGUUUUGGAAAUUUCUUCAGCAUAAUUCACUUGACAGCAACUUACAAGUUCAAAAUCAACUUUCCAUCAUGGCUUUGAAUGUUACUCCAGUAAGAGACACAAAAUGGCUGACGUUAGAAGUGUGCAGGCAGUUUCAGAGGGGAACUUGUUCACGCUCUGAUGAAGAAUGCAAAUUUGCACACCCCCCUAAAAGUUGCCAGGUUGAAAAUGGAAGAGUUAUUGCCUGCUUUGAUUCCUUAAAGGGUCGUUGUACAAGGGAGAACUGCAAGUACCUUCAUCCACCAACACAUUUAAAAACUCAACUGGAAAUCAAUGGCAGGAACAACUUAAUCCAGCAAAAAACUGCAGCAGCAAUGCUUGCCCAGCAAAUGCAGUUCAUGUUUCCAGGGACACCGCUACAGCCAGUGCCCACAUUUCCAGUGGGUCCCACAAUAGGAACGAACACGGCUAUUAGCUUUGCUCCUUACCUAACGCCAGUAACACCGGGAGUUGGCUUAGUCCCGACUGAGAUCCUACCCACACCGCCUGUCAUUGUUCCUGGAAGUCCACCGGUUUCAGUCCCCAGUUCAACUGCUACCCAGAAGCUCCUCAGGACUGAUAAACUGGAGGUGUGCAGGGAGUUCCAGCGGGGAAACUGUGCACGUGGAGAGACUGAUUGCCGCUUUGCGCAUCCAGCAGACAGCACAAUGAUUGACACAAACGACAACACCGUAACCGUGUGUAUGGAUUACAUAAAAGGUCGUUGCAUGAGGGAGAAAUGCAAGUAUUUUCACCCUCCUGCACAUUUGCAGGCCAAAAUCAAAGCGGCGCAACACCAAGCCAACCAGGCUGCAGUGGCAGCCCAGGCAGCUGCGGCAGCUGCAACUGUGAUGACUCAGUCGACUGCCAAAGCAAUGAAGCGACCUCUCGAAGCAACUGUAGACCUGGCCUUUCCUCCUGGUGUUCUUCACCCUUUACCAAAGAGACAAGCACUUGAAAAAAGCAAUGGUGCCAGUGCCGUUUUCAAUCCCAGUGUCUUGCACUAUCAACAGGCUCUUGCCAAUGCUCAGUUGCAGCAACAUGCAGCGUUUAUCCCAACAGGGUCAGUUUUGUGCAUGACACCCGCUACCAGUAUUGUACCCAUGAUGCACAACGCUACGGCCGCCACUGUCUCUGCAGCAACAACUCCUGCAACAAGUGUUCCCUUCGCCGCAACAGCCACAGCAAAUCAGAUAAUCCUGAAAUAGCCAGCAGGAGCGGAACAGAGUGUCACGAAGCCUCCCUGCGGACGGCCAAGCACGGCUACUGUACAUACUACCCUGUCUCCUCCUCUCUAGAGUUGCCACAAACUGCAUGCUAAGUCAAGAAUUUGUUCUUAUGGACAAAUCAAAAACUCAAAAAAGCUAGUGCUGCUAUGUCAUAUAUGAAUAUUAAAUAUGGUAUGCUUACUAUACUCCAACCUAAAAUAGUUAACUACCUGAUACCAGCUGUGAUGUUUCAAGACAUAAAGGGUAACAUUUAGUUUUAAAGGUUUUCUAAGCAUAGUUUAAUUCUCGCAAAUAUUGUCUUUUCUCCAUAACUACAACUAACGGAAAUGGUCCAGAUAAGUUCGUCUCAUGAGAUUCAGUGCUUAUGAAUCUUUCGAGCUCAGCAAUAAUUGCGUUGUAUUGGCUAAAAACUUACCCCAGUUGCAGGUUUAAUUUUCACCCAAACUAUGAUUGGGGGUUUUCUUCUCGGUUAAAAAAAAAAUCUUGGUUUUGCUCCCCUGAUGAGUUGAUUCCAAGACAGAGGAAGUGAAACGCAGCCCAGUGUCCUGCACAUCAUCCUGUCAAUCUGAUAUUUUUAGCAAGAAGUCCAAAGGAAAGCACAAAUUCUUUAGAUGCACAUGGUUGGUGUUUGACUUGUAUGGAGAAGUUGCAUUUGAAUCAUAGCAGAAUAGCAGAAGAAAAUUUAAAAAAUUUUGCACAGUAUGAACCUUCAUACCCCUUUCAAUCCCCAAAAGAACAAAGUCUUGAGAAUAUUAUUUUACAAGUAUAUUUAUAAUGUUUUUAAAAGAGACUUUGCAGAAGUGCCUAAAUUUUGUCACAUCAGACUUGAUGAAAGUGAGCCUGAUGCCAACAGUCAAAUCUCACUGGACAUGAAUAAUCUUUGAAACUCAUAGUCAGGUUACCAAAAAGAUCCAAGCUGUUAAGAAGUAACUUCUAGAAGUGUAAAAUCAAGCAAAACAAAACAAGACCAAACUAACAAAAGAAAAGGUGAAAAAGAAGGCUGUAGAUGAGAUUGUAUGAUACUCUAAUUUAAUUAAAAUUCAGUUGAGUCACUGAAACUUCAUAGGUGACUUUAAUCUAGACUAUUAACUGAACACUAAGAAUGUAGAAUGAGAUUCAGUUUAAUAAAUCAUUACUGUAUUUGCAUUUUUUUAAUUGGAUUAUAAGAUUGUAACCAGAUUAGAGUGGAGAAAAAAAUAGUUCUUCUAAUUGUUUUUCUUUAAAAACAUAUUUUAUGUCACAAAAAUAUGAAGAUAUCUUUAAUACAAUUAUAUACAUGUUAUAUAUACAUACAUACAUAUAUAUGGAUGAAGCAGAUUUUAAUGUUGUUUACUUUUUUAAAUACUUUGUUGAUUUACAAGGUAAUUAUAUAUGUAUAAUUAAACUUUCAUUUGUUUGAUUUGAGAUUUGUUUCAAGCACUAUUGUACCAAAUAUUUCAUAUUUCACAUUUUAUAUGUUGCACAUGUAUCACAUAAAUGACAUAGUUUUUAAAUUAUUGUUUAAAAAACAAGACAGCUGUUAUAAGUGGAUAUUAUGUAUAAUUGUUUGCAGCAUAAGUUUUCUAUGUGGACAUUAUUAGUGAUUGCAGUAUUUUAACUUAACCUCUUCAGAUUGAUUGUAAACUAUUUUAAACUUUGGCAGCACUGCCUGUUCUGAACGACUGAAGGCACUAACCAUAUUAUUAUUUGUCUAGGAAAUUAUUUUCCAGGCUAAAUCUUGUUUGUCCGGUGUCUAAUUACUAUCUAUUUAUAUAUAAAGCUGGAGAUUUGAUCAUCCGAAAGGAAAAAAAUAAUCAUAAUUCGGUUGUAAAAUUAACAUAGUGCUUGUAACGUUGCGUUAGUUUUAAUUUGUGGAAAAAUAAUGUAUCUUAACUUGUUACUUUAGCAGUUAAGGUAUCACCAUUAUAUACUAUUAAAACACUAAUAUUUGUAGACUUUCUCAGUCCUUAUAACUAGGUAGUUGACACUGCAACUUGCCUAUAUCUGUCAAAGUUGUUUUUAUUUUUUUAUAAUAGUUAAUUUAGGCAUUUGGGUAGCUUAUUGUAUAAUACUAAAUGGUAAAUUAUCCAUGUUGUUUAAAUAUUUUAUGUAGAUAACUCUUCAAGACAUCAUUUUGUGUGAACUUUUUAUGUUUCAAAAUAACUGUUAAUCUAUGUUUUUUACAAUUAAUCCAAUAUUUUUUGCCCAUGGAUGACGAAGCUUCAGAUACAUCAGGUCUUUCAUCCAGAUAAACUGACAGACAAAAGAGAAAAUGUAUUUUUAAUAAGAGAUCCACUUUCCGACUUUAUGACUUUGUAAUAUUCCUGAAAACUGUACAAGUACAAACCUAUGCUAACAGUAAGGAGGCAAUUACAGAGAUGUGCAAAUACGUGUACAACAGAUUCUGCAUUUUAUUUAUUUAUAAAGUAAUUUUAUAGACUAUUUCAAAAUUUGGGAAGAUCUAAAACUAUUUUUCUGUAUAAAUAUUAUUUGCCAAAACUUUGUUUAUAUUUUAAAAAAAAAGUCUAAUGAAAAUUAUUAAAUUUUAAAUGCUUUGUUUAAUUAAAAAAAAUACAACAAAUAUAACCCCCUAAAAGAACCAUGAGAUGGGCCAACACGGAGACAGUGAAUACUGUAGCUGAGACAUGGUUUCAAGUAACUUGAGAUGUCUCAGUGUUUAUUUUCUUCAAAGGAUACAACACCUCACCAAAAUACCUUUUUGUUUGCCUCUCUCAUCCGGCAUAAUUGAUGACACGUACAAUGAAUAUUUCGGUAAUAGUUAAAAGAAACCCCUUCAUUCGCUCUUUUUCAGCAUAUAUAAUUACUAGUGGUCUGUUAAAUAGCCAUUUUAUUUCUGUUGUGACGUUAAAUUCAUUCACCCAAUGUACAACCACUGAAAUAAAAAGAAGCAUUUUAAAAUGA